UAUAAGACAGCGUUGAGACAAAGGCAACAUUCGCUCUCUCAAUCGUCUAUCUGACCAGUCUGAAGAACCUCACCCCAACAAGCAUCCACUCACGACACCAUGUCAUCUCAACAGCAACCACAAGCAGCCCGCGUAGCUCUCGUCACAGGAGGAAACAGAGGUAUCGGGAAAUCCAUCGUCCUCGCAUUGGCUGAAAAGGGGAUAUCUGUCGUCUUCACGUACAACUCCCAUCCUGAAGAACCUCCUGCGGUGAUCGAAUCCGUUGAAUCCCUGGGAAACGGUGCCAAAGCAGCCAGUCUCCAACUCAACGUCACUGAGUUCGACAAAUACGAUACGUUUCUCUCAUCUCUCCAAUCUAUCCUGAAAGAUUGGGGUUAUACUCAACUUGACAUCUUCAUCCCCUGUGCUGGAAUAGGAUCCAUUACGCCAUUUGGGCAGAUCAAUGCUCAGACAAUCGAUGACCUGUACAAUAUUCAAUUCAAGGCGCCGAUCCUUUUGACUCAAUUGGUCGCUCCCAUUCUCAAAGAAAAGACGUCGGUAAUCAUCACCAUAUCGUCUGGUCUCGCCAGGUUCUCUCUACCUCCUCUUGGGGUUUAUGCCGGAUUGAAAGGAGGUAUAGAGGUCUGGACUCGAUACCUCGCCAAGGAACUUGGAUCCAAGGGAAUUAGAGCCAUCUGCGCAAGGGUCGGAGCUGUCGAAUCAGACUUUGGGGGUGGUCGAGUCAGAGAUGACAAGGACACGAACAAACAUAUCGCGAGUACCAUCGCUCUCGGACGAGUCGGUCUCCCCUCGGACAUUGGACCAGCCAUCGCCAAUAUCAUCGACUUGACUUGGGUGACGGGUACUGUCAUUGAAAUGAGUGGAGGACAGCAGGUCUGAGCUGGAGAAAAGGGCUCAAUGUCACGGAGCCAUUUUGGUGGCCUGUUGGCUUUUAGGGGCCUCCCGUGCUCAGCUUCAAUCGGAUGGGAGAGAACGCUUAGAGCCUGACUGAUGCAUGGAAUAUCCUGCCAUGU